AUGGCAACAGUAGAGAGUUUGUUCAUUCGCGCUUCUUUUACCGCUUGCUCGUGUAUUAUGGCGCUAUUUCAAAUAGUUGGAUUCAUAAACUUUCCUGUAAAACUUCACCAAACCACGGGUCUGAUGAUAGGAGAGCAUCGCUGGUCAACUUCCAUCUGGUGGCUCGUUCAGGUGGCGUUGACUGUGAUCUGUGCCAUAAUGGCUAAACGAAACUACAAUCACCUCUUCAACGGCCUAAUCCUAACCGAUGCGAUGAACAACUAUUUCAAGUUCGUUAUCGGCCUGCUGACGGUUUGUAUAACACUAGCCGACUCCUGGUUUCGAGUAGAAACGCAUCGCUCGAUUUGGAUGCGCUACCGCGAACUGGCCACCAAAAACGGUACCUUUCUCGGAUUGAUCGGCCGGGCCGAGUUGGUGCGCGUUCUGGCACGCUUCACCGUCAUCUUUCUGGUGAUCGUAGCGGUGUGCACCAUGGUCGAGCGUCAGAUGUACUACGGUGUUACCAGUGGUUCACAAUGGCACUACUUUUGGACGCACAACUUCUACCCGUACUUGAUCAGUCAUCUUCGGCACGUGUAUCAUCUGCUGCACAUCAUGCUGAUGGCGGCCAAUCUACGACAGUUGCGAAACAAAUUGGGCAGCAUGCAACCGGUCGGCGUAACGCACUGCAUCGAAGCGUACCGUGCGAUAUACGGUGAGCUAUGGCAGAUAAACGAGAACAUUAACGCACUGUUUGGCUUUUCGCAAGCAUUAAACAUUGCCUGCAGCUUCGCACAGAUCGCAUUCGAUCUUUAUUGGAUGUACGCGAUGUGGAUGCAAGGAAGCGAAGGAGUAGUUUGUAAGUAA